AAGUGCUAGAUUUAGCAGACGAAAUUCAUAAAAUGCCUCUGGUGGUUAUAUCCGGACUUCCGGCAAGUGGCAAGUCCACCCGGGCAGCCCAAAUCAAAGCGCACUUUGAGGGACUUGGGAAAACCGUCCACAUUGUGUCCGAAAGGGACUGCAUCCGGGUGGCCGGAUACGAAAAAAACGAAUACUUCCGGGACUCGCAGAAGGAAAAGCUAGUCCGAUCUAGUGUUAAAUCCCACGUUCUACGUCUGCUCAACAAAAACGACCUGCUCAUUAUCGACGGUGGGAACUACAUCAUGGCCCUACGAGCCGCACCGGACCUAGUCGACAUGUCCACGUUUAUCAGUGACGCCAAGCUAACCACCAUAAUCCCCAUUGGACGGUUCCUGUUCCGGCAGCUGCCAUCAGUUCCAGUAAGCCAUGGGCGAAUUUUCCGGCUGCGAAAUGUUCCGGCGUGGCCAACCUGCAGAGAACGGUGCUAA